GCCUAAAGGUAUGUCUCCGUACAGUACCUAUCUACGUGUUCCCCCGUUUCGUUUUUUUGCGUGACGAAUCUGAUACAACUGUCGCACCGAUCGAUCUGUCAUCUUGUUUUGUUUGCUGUUUUUGAGGUACACAGCGUUGCACGUUUCCGUCAUGAUUCAACUGCCGGAGGAUUAAAGCUUGACACUCAACGAGAGACUGUGAUUUGGUGGUUUAGCGGUGCUCAAAAUUUGGUAGGGUGACACUGAAGGGGCCCUGGAGGGAAAUCGUUUCGGGGCUCGAUUGAGUGAGCGAUUGAUUGAUUGACCGGCCCGGGGACUGAAGGCACAACUGGGGCCCCGCAUCGGUCGGCGUGAGCUUCCGACCGGCUUUGAUCAGCGACCAGGACAUCCGAGAUCGCCAGAUAAAUAGAACUUGAUCAUGAAUUGAUAUCAGUAAUUGGCCAGUAACCAAGUAAUAAUCUACUCAGAAUGUCAUUCUGGAUCGAGACUGAAGACUGGCAUACUGCCGGCGAACCCUUCCGUAUCGUCCAAAACCUCCCAUCAGGCCAACUCCCCGAAGGCGAGACUGUCGCUCAACGUCGCCUUGCUGUCAUCAACAGUCCCAAUCACCCUCUUGACCAACUCCGACAAUCACUAUGCCACGAACCGCGUGGACAUGCAGAUAUGUAUGGUGGUUUCAUAAUGCCGCCAAAUGAUCCCGGUGCUCAUUUCGGCGUCUUGUUCUGGCACAAAGAUGGCUUCUCAACUGCGUGCGGACACGGGACUAUAGCUCUGGGGUAUUGGGCUGUCACAAAGGGCCUUGUCAAAGGGCCCGAAAAUGGAAGUGUUGAUGUCGUUAUUGACGUUCCAUCUGGGAGGGUUACUGCGAAGAUGGCUGUCAAGGACGGCAAGCCGAUCCACGGCGACUUCAUCAACGUCAAGAGCUACCAGAUUGCCAAGGACUUAUCUGUCAACCUCCCAUCACAAGGUGUUGAUGUCAAGGUGAAUCUCUCAUUCGGAGGAGCUGUCUACGCUACCAUUGACGCUGCUCAGCUGGGCCUCAAGGUCGAACCAAGCCAGUACAUCAACUUCAUCAACCUUGGACGCGAGAUCAAAGCUUCUCUAGGCACUAGAGCACAUUACGACACAUAUGAUCUAUACGGCGUCAUAUUCUUCACCGACGAAGGUACUGGAUCAGCUGGAGAGGUACUCCAGCGCAACGUUACCGUCUUUGCAGAUGGCCAGAUCGAUCGCUCGCCCUGUGGCUCAGGCACAGCCUCGAGAGUUGCAGUGCUUCUGGCCGAAGGAAAAAUGGGAGCUAGAAAGUCGAAGCUUUUGCAUCGGUCGAUUAUUGAUACAGUAUUUGAAGCAGAUAUUGUUUCUGAGGAGGAGAGUCCUGUCGAGUUCCCGGCUUGUAUUCCGAGAGUGAGAGGAACAGCUAACUUGGUUGGGAGGAUGAACUUUUUCAUCGAUCCGGAGGACACAGUCUUUCCUGGGUUCCUUCUGAGGUGAACAUAUUUCUACGAAUGAAAGAACAAACCCUCAGAAGUGGCAUAUUCCAUCAUUAUUCAUUAGUAUAUAUACACGCUACCAUAGCCCAUACCGCGCUUUCGUACAGUCUUUUCCCUACC